AUGCCAACGGCCUUGAAGAACGCCGUAGCUGCGUUAAGCGAUCAUGGGCACGAUGAAACCCAACAGACCCAAGAGCUCAAAAUCCUCCAAAGCCACAAUCGGCCACUGGACCCCACCACCGAGCCACCUCCUCCCCCGCCGCCUCACCUCGAGAAUCUCAACCUUCCACCGCCUCCGCUGCCUCUACCCACUUUCACUCCGAGUCCUAUCAAGAGGGCCACCAGCUUGCAGGCGAUGAGCGCUGAGGCUCGAAAAAUUGGGGGGCGGAGAGUUGGGUCGAUCAUUGCUGAAGAAGAUGAGGAGGAAGAGGACCAUGAAAAUGAUGAUGAAGAUCAGAGUCAUAAAGGGUUUCAGAGGGGAUCGAGAAAUGGGGCUUCGGAAACGAUGUCGUCGCCACCGAGGAAGCCGGAGAUGAAGCCGGUGCCUCCAAUGCCUGAGUCUGAGGUCAUGGCUUAG